AUGAAGUUUGAAUUCGUCGACAACAGCAGCACCAUCGACAAGACCGCGAGAAAGCGCAUCCGCAGCCAUGUGGCUAUCGGCCGUAACGCCGGAAAGAAGAUUUCACGGCGGUCCAAGAAAGAGUUGUUGAGAAAGCCAGCAAGGGCACCAAUUCCACAGACCGCAUCCGCCCAUGAACAACCUGAAUCCAGCAAAAUAUGUGGUAGUGUAUCAAUCCUUGGCUUUCCACGUCCGAGUGCCCUUCCAGCCCACCUACAGCAAGGCGACAGAUUUGGCGCGCUCGAUCUUGUUCAAAGGGCUAUUUCUUUCCUGGACGGGGUCCGCCAUGCUCCCGAACUAGACCUCGCUCUAGAUUACAGCUCGGAAUCCAAGAUGUGGUCCCUCCAACCCCUAUUCCAAGACGAAGCCUAUUUCCACGGCGCCAUGGCUGUGUUCUUCGCCGCAUGUCCCAGCCUCCCGGGUCUUUCAUAUCCCUCUCCUGUUACCAACCAUGGGAACUGGAAAGCGAGGAUGCGUCAUCUAGGCCUGGCCCUCCGGCUCGUCAACACGCGCCUCUCUGGAAAAGAUGCUGCAUCAACCGAAACUGUGACGACGGUGUUGAUUCUGGGCUUGUACGAACGCCAGCAGGGCGAGUUCCACCGCGGCCUUGUCCAUAUGGACGGAAUGCAGCGCAUACUCCAGAUGCGCGGUGGCAUUCUGGAGUUUUCCAAGAACAAUCCCGACAUAGCCCGCAAGAUCCUCCGGUGCGUCCCCGUGUAA